CACACAUUCCGCGCCAGCGUUCCAGCUUUUCAGAGGGUAGCAUGGCUUAAAAAAGCAAAACAGAAGGGAUUAUUGUGGUUUACAAAAAUAUUAAAAUAGGUCAGGUGAUUUAAUAAACAAGAGCUCAUUGUUUUGGUUUAAUUACAUCUAGACUAAUCGACAGCUACUGGUAAUAUGCAGGAUUUGAACGUUUGUUAGCAUGAUACAUCUAGAUGUGUAUAUGUCUGUUUUGUUUUUAGCAAUACCAUCAAGCUCACAAACACAUCUGUUCACAUAAAAGAUUGGUUUAAAGGCGAGAAGUAGUUCGUUAGAUUUUUAGGUAGUCUACAUUUAAAAAAGACGGGAUGCCAGUGCAUUCGAGAGAAAAGAAGGAGAGCAACCAUGAAGAGAUGGAGGUGGAUUUCGCAGAGCAAGAGGGGAGCAGCUCAGAAGAUGAAGAUACAGAGAGCUCUUCUGUCUCUGAAGAUGGGGAAAGUUCAGAAAUGGAUGAUGAGGACUGUGAAAGAAGAAGGAUGGAAUGCCUUGACGAAAUGACAAAUCUAGAAAAACAGUUCACUGACCUGAAAGACCAGUUAUAUAAAGAGAGACUGAGCCAAGUUGAUGCCAAACUUCAGGAGGUGAUGUCAGGAAAGGCACCAGAGUACCUGGAGCCCCUCGCAAAUCUUCAGGAGAACAUGCAGAUUAGAACUAAAGUUGCAGGUAUCUACAGAGAAUUGUGCUUGGAGUCAGUGAAGAAUAAAUACGACUGUGAAACCCAAGCAGCGUUCCAGCACUGGGAGAGUGAAAAACUGUUAUUAUUUGAUACGGUGCAAAGUGAACUAGAGGAGAAGAUCAGACGUUUGGAGGAAGACCGUCACAGUAUAGAUAUUACCUCAGAGCUCUGGAACGAUGAGUUACAGUCAAGAAAAAAUAAGAAGAAAGAUCCCUUCAGUCCAGACAAAAAGAAAAAGCCUGUCGUUGUGUCGGGACCAUAUAUAGUUUACAUGCUGCAAGACCUGGAUAUACUGGAAGACUGGACUGCUAUUAGAAAGGCCAUGGCAACAUUAGGACCUCACAGAGUAAAGACUGAUGUCUCUUCAAAGAGUGACAAACACCAGCACAAUGCCCGCUCGGAGGAUGGACGAUUGUUUUACGACGGGGAAUGGUACAGCCGUGGACAAGCCAUAUGCAUCGACAAGAAAGACGAGUAUCCUACGAGCGCUAUAAUAACUACAAUCAAUCACGAUGAAGUCUGGUUCAAACGAGUCGAUGGGAGCAAAUCAAAACUCUACAUCUCACAGCUACAGAAAGGCAAAUACGCCAUAAAACAUGCCUGAUCUAUCUGAGAUCUGACCAGUCUGAAAUCUUUAAUAGUGCCAUUUUAUGUACAGUAUAUCAUGAUUUAAAUACCUUUUUUUUUUAGGUUUAAAAAUGGAGUCGGCGUAUUGUCUGUCAUUUAAAAUGUGAGGAAAGUUGAUGUUAUUUUAUUGUAUAUUCAACUCCAUUUGAAAGACUAUUGAAUCAAACAGGUCAAAAAUGUAGUAUAAUUGUGUAGUUAUUACCAUGAAAUGUGGUGCUUUUGUAUUUUGAUGACUGGGCUCAUUUUUCAUUUCAGUUCUGCUCAGUGACAUUUGAACCCAAUUCCAUGUCUGGCAAGCAAAUGGUUUCCUACUUUUUUACAUUUCUGCCUUAUCGCAGAUACAAAUGAAAUGCCACAGUUUGCAUUCGCCAUUCUUGGUGGCUUUUUUUUUGACAGUGUAUUUGAAAUGGUCUUGCUUGUGCAACAUCUCGAGAUAUUUGAAGUAUUUUAGGAGUGAAUAAACAAGACAUUAUCACACGUUUUCUGAGAUUCAGCUCAUUGAACAGCUGUUCAUUGUGUUCUUGGAAGAUGUGAACUUGCUGCUCUAUUAAGCCAUAAAUAUGGUGAGUAAUUCAUAGUAAUAUGCAUUUCAGUUCUGGUCAAUAGCUCAGUGUUUUUUUCUAUGUUGGGUUAUAGCACCACCCUUUGGUUUUUGUUGUACUGUGCCUGUUUUUUAUUUCUUAAUGUCAUGCAUAUUUUUUGAAAAUUCUAUAUCGAAUGUAUUUUUUUUCUUUCAGUUGUUAUUAACUUACAUCGAAAAAAAAUUCAAAUACAGCAUUCAUUAUCAGAGCUUUGUUGUCCUUUAUAUUUGACACAAUUAAAACUGUCCUAUUAGAAAAACAUCAUGGGAAAUAGGUGUGUAAUAUAAUCUUUUUUUGCAAAACUAAUUUAGUGGA